AUGAACAAUGAACAACUCGACAAGACAAACAGUGUGACUAGGAUACUUCCCCCGGGAGUUAUGGGACUCAUGAAUGAUUUAACACCAUCAAACGUGUUUCAUGUUACACAUGAGAGCACCAAACUGGGGGAAUGGGCACAGCAGCUUAAUAUUAUCUACGAAAUUGGAUACACGAUAUCUUUAAUUGCGCUUAUUCUGUCACUAGGGAUUCUCACGUAUUUUAGAGACACGGUGGUGUCAAGAGCCAACUGCAGGAAUUAUAAGGCAGCGCCGUCUGUCGAAAGCGUCUGA